GUCAGUAGUUUGCCCAAGCAGUAUCUUCGAACUAAGCGUAGAAUGUUUGCCGUCGUGUUUCUAUCGUCGAUAAUUGCGCUAAUUGCUUACGUAUGGCAGUGGCGGCGUCAGCUAUGCAAUCAAUUCCAUUCGAUUCCGGGUCCACCCGGUUUACCCCUGAUCGGAAAUAGUCACCAGUUCAUUGGGAAAUCAUCAACCUACAUCUUUCAAAUGCUGAUCCAGCUGGAGCGGGAUUUCGGAACGGUGUGCAAAAUCGACAUAGGUUUUGGCUUCUGGUUGUUCUACAUGGCACCGGAUGAAAUCGAGCGUAUCAUGACCGGUCCGGAGUUCAACUGCAAGAGCCAAGAUUACGAUAUGCUGUUGGAGUGGUUGGGAACGGGACUGCUGAUUAGCAAUGGGAACAAGUGGUUUACUCAUAGGAAGGCGCUGACUCCGGCGUUCCAUUUUAAGAUUUUGGAUAAUUUCGUGCAGGUGUUUGAUGAGAAGAGCACGGUAUUGGCACGGAAAUUGAGUCACUCGGGCAAGGUAGUACGGAUAUUUCCUCUCGUUAAGCUUUGCACGCUGGACGUGAUCGUGGAAACAGCCAUGGGAACGGAAUCCAAUGCCCAGAAGGAGCAAUCCGGCUAUACGAUGGCAGUGGAAGACAUUUCGGAAAUUGUCUUCUGGAGGAUGUUUAACACGGUAUAUAAUAAUGACUUUAUGUUCCAGUUCAGCAGCAAGUUUGGACCGUAUAAAAAGCAUUUAAAUACAAUUCGCGACUUCACCUUGUCUAUUAUCGAUAAGCGGAGAAUCGCGUUGGUUGACGGAUGUGACGAAAAUUUGAAAACAGAUGACGAUUUGUUGGGCUCUAAGAAAAAGAUGGCCUUAUUGGACAUUUUGCUGCAAGCAAAAAUAGAUGGACGACCUCUUACCGAUGAAGAGAUAAGAGAAGAAGUGGAUACCUUUAUGUUUGCGGGGCACGAUACAACUGCAUCCGCUAUAACUUUCCUUUUGUAUGUGUUAGCAAAAUAUCCGGAUGUUCAAAAUAAGGUCUACGAGGAAAUUUUGACUAUGCUGGGAGAUUCAAUUGAUACACCAAUUACGCUAAGUGCCUUGAACGAUCUAAAAUAUCUCGACCUAGUGAUGAAAGAGUCACUCCGGAUGUUCCCACCGGUGCCAUACAUAUCUCGCCGAACAAUAAAAGAGGUCAAAUUAUCCGGCGUUGACAUCCCGAUCAACACCAACAUCACUAUCGGAAUCUACAACAUGCACCAUAACCCGAAAUACUUCCCGGAGCCGGAAAAAUUCCUCCCCGAGCGAUUCGACGCAGAACGAGGCAUCGAAAAGCUCAAUCCCUACGCUUAUGUUCCCUUCAGUGCUGGAGGUCGCAACUGCAUCGGUCAGAAAUUUGCUCAAUACGAGAUCAAAUCUACCAUCUCAAAGAUAGUUCGGCUCUGUCGGGUCGAACUUUCCAGCCCAGAUUAUGAGCCGCCUGUGAAGGCCGAAAUGAUCCUCAAACCGCAGGACGAAAUGCCUUUGAUAUUUCAUUCGCGUUGAAGUGUUAAAUAGAAACAAUUUUUCAAUCGUAAAUUUGUUUGGUCCGAAAGCAAAGAAGCACUUGUAGCUUGGGAAAGUUGAGCGUUUUAGUGUAUGAGAUCAUAUGGCAAUGAAACUGUUUUGGCAGUGGUGGAAGCAGAACAAUA